AUUCAGUAGAACUCUUAGAAGAAUGGCCCUCUCAGCCGUGGUUUUGUGCCUUUGUCUCUGUCUCUCGGCCUCUGCCGCCUUCUCUUCCUCAUGGGAGCAGAUCGACCCCAAGGUCGCGGCGCGGCAAGAGGCCGACCGCGUCACCGCCCUCCCCGACCAGCCCCCGGCGAGCUUCCGCCACUACUCUGGCUACAUCUCGGUGGAUGACCGCCUCGGGAAGGAGCUCUUCUACUGGUUCUUCGAGGCGACGAGCUGUCCCGCUGAGAAACCUCUCCUCUUGUGGCUCGGUGGAGGCCCAGGAUGCACUUCGGUCGGGUUCGGCGAAGCCCAAGAACUCGGCCCGUUUCUCGUGACAGAUGGGCCCCAUGGCCCGACGCUAAGAUUCAACGAUUAUACUUGGAACGAAGCUGCCAAUCUGUUGUUCCUCGACUCGCCGGUCGGCGUCGGAUUUUCUUAUUCCAAUGCCACCGUAGAACACGACGACAACAAUACAGCGAGAGAUGCCCAUAUAUUUCUGCUGAAUUGGUUCGAAAGGUUUCCGCAGUACAGAUCAAGCGAGUUUUACCUAGCGGGAGAAAGCUACUCAGGGCACUAUGCACCCCAACUCGCCGAGGCAAUUUUCGAUGAGAACCAGAAAUCGGCUAAUGACACCCACAUAAACCUUAAAGGCCUCAUCGUGGGAAAUCCGUAUAUGAAUUUCGAGACGGAUAUAAUAGGGAUGAUCGAUUACGCGUGGGGACACGCUCCGAUUUCGGACGAUCUCCAUUUUUCAAUCCUGGAAAGGUGCGACUUUAGGAACGAUAAUGAGACUGAAGAUUGUGGUAAUUUACUCAACGAGUACCUCAAAUUGUUCGGGAUGAUCAAUAUGAACGGUUUGUACUCCCCCACUUGUCCGCUCGAUCGGCCAUUCGCCGCUAACCAUCUCUUAAAUACGCGAGCCAAAGCGGACAUGCCAAAUUAUCAUUUGGAACUCUUACGUACGAUACCGGCGGGCUACGAUCCAUGCCUAAUGAACCACGCCAUGGCUUACUUUAACCUUCCCGGCGUGCAAAGAGCACUGCAUGCAAACGUCGCCCGGAUCCCUCGGCCAUGGAGCCUUUGCAGCUUGGAGGUGAUCUAUUCUUGGAAGGAACCGCCUCUUUCAGUCCUCCCAGUACUGAAGAAACUCAUCGGCGGGGGCAUUCGCUUGUGGGUCUUCAGUGGAGACACGGACGGGAUAAUCCCGGUGACGUCGACUCGGUACACCUUGAGGAAGCUCGGCCUCAACAUGACGGAGAACUGGACACCUUGGUACAAGGGUAGAGAGGUUGGAGGUUGGACAAUUAUGUACGAGGGGUUGACUUUCGUGACGGUGAUGGGAGCAGGGCACCAAGUUCCCACUUUUGCCCCCAUGCGUUCUCUUCAGAUCAUUCGCCACUUCUUGGCCAACUCGAAGCUCCCGUCCACGCCCUUUUGAAUUCCUCCAUCCGACGCUUCUAAUUAAAGUAAAAUAGCUAUGUGAC